UAUGGCUGUCCCAACCUGUGCCCCAGCAGGUUGCAUUUGUCUUACAAGUCGGAGGAUAUCAGGGAAGGAGACCACUGUGAAGUCUGUGUUUAUCUGUACACUCUGGGUUGUCUGCUUCUGUUUGUGUGUGUGUAUGGCAGAGAGCGCCAGAAAUUCUCGACCUUGCGGUCUGUUCUUGUGUUUCAGGGUCUAUUCACCAUCCCGGCAAGUUCUGGGCCCAGAAUUUGUAAGUUAGGCUGCUGCCAACCCUGCCUUGACUCUGUUCUCUUGAAAAGUGUCUCUGUGACUCUAGCAUGCAACUUCACGCACUUGGCUCACUCCCAGAGAAAUAAAGGCUACUGACAGAUUGACCCUCCUGCCUGUAGCAAUGUUCACCCCGAGUAAGAGGAUGACCAGUUCUUCACGCGCCCAAGUUCUUUUCAUGUGGAAGCCAGACAGGGCUCAGAGCGGACCCCGCGGUGUGGAUAAGGAAACCCUCGCUUCAAGGCUCUUGCGUGACACUGAGACCUGUCGGCAGAAUUUUAGGAAUUUUCCAUACCCAGACCUGGCUGGACCUCGAAAGGCACUGAAUCAGCUCCGAGAGCUCUGCCUUAAGUGGCUGAGACCCGAGAUUCACUCCAAGGAGCAAAUCCUGGAGCUGCUGGUUCUGGAGCAAUUCCUGACCAUCCUGCCCGGGGAGGUCAGGACUUGGGUGAAGUCCCAGUACCCGAGGAGCGGCGAGGAAGUGGUGACUCUGGUGGAGGACUUGACUCAGAUUCUAGAGGAAGAAGAAGCAUCUCCGCAGAACUCUACCCUUUGGCAAGAGAUCCCAGAGGAAGACCCCAAAGGAAGACCAGGAGGGUGGCUGAACGACUUGGUGACCAAAGUGAGUGUCAGUUUCUUCUGUGGCUUGAAAAUUCCGUCUUCAUGUGUGAGGACAUUUUCUAACCUGGCCCUUUAACUUCUGUGGCCCCAGAAGUCCUAAUAGGCACCCGAGCCUCCAU